AGAGAGAAAGCAUCAUGGCGGCAUUUCAGUAGAAAAGAUCGCUCCGAUUUUUUCUUUGCAGGAUUUCUUCGUGCUGAAGGUUGUUGCCUCUGCUGUUUGGAGGUGGCGUUUGAAGAAAGAUGGACAGAGGAAAGCUAGGCGGUCCGCGGAAGACCAAGCCGAAAGGCCCCCCUCCCACGGGAGAGCUGAUAGCAUUGGGCAGUAAGCCGACCCCGCUGGCCACUGACCCCAAACUGCCGUCACAGCAGCGCAAACUUUCAGCCACUUCCUCCUCCCUGAUGCCCUCAUCAUCAUCAGCGUUCGCAGCCAAGAAACCGAAGCUGGGUGUGCUGACACCGCUGGGCAGGCCGGCAGAGGCGCCGAAGAAACCACUUGUGCCAGCCAGGGAGUCAUCUGUAGCUCCUAUACUGGUGCCUCCAUCCGACCUGAUCGACUCCAUCCUGGAUGCUGAAGCAGAGAAUAACGAUGACCGUGUGGACAGCCUGAUCGUCGGCGCCAUCAACACGCUCAAGUCCAACAAGGCCAAGCCUGACCAGGGCGUGUUUCUCAGUCUCAUGUUCCUCGCCAAGACAAAACCCCUCAUCUUCCUCAGCGAGGGCGUCACAGAGUCUUUCUGCAGCCUGUUGAAGAGAGACGUUUCCUUCAACUUCAAGUCCAAAGGGAACCCGCUGGUGGUGGUGCUGACAUGCAACAUCCUCAUGUCUGCUUACCAGGAGGAGGACAACUGGCCAGACAACUUUGUUAAGGUGUUUGUAGAAGACUCCCUGGGGGAGCGAGUGUGGGUGGAUAACCCAGAGUGUAAGGAGUUUGUGGCCAACAUCCAGACAGCCUUCAACACCAAGCUUCCUCCCAAGUCUGGCCUGACUUCUGACCUGGGCGGCAGGCCACCCUCCUCCACUCCUGAACACUGCCCCAGCCCGACCCAGUUCGGUGAUGAUGAUGACAAAGGGUCGGACGUGUCGGAAGGUCUAACCACAAGCGAGCGGCUCACUCCGGACGAUCAGAGCAUCACUCCCAGGUACACCUUCAUGCAGGAGAGCAUCGAGGGUUACAUCCUGGACACUCUGAAGGACCAGCUGACCCGGCGCCAGGCCAUGGACAACCUGUCGCGUAACCUGAUCCGCCUGAUGACCGUGACCUGCGGCUACGCGGAGGUCAGACUCAUGGCAGUGCAGCGCCUCGAGAUGUGGCUCCAGAAUCCAAAGCUAACCAGACCGGCUCAGGAGCUGUUGAUGUCCGUGUGUCUGAACUGCGUCACCCAGGACCCACAAGACGUCGAGGUCGUCUCGGCGCUCAUCCGUGUCCGCCUCAAGACCAAACCCCUCAUCAACCACUACAACUCCUGCAUGAGAGAGUUACUGAAUGCACACCCAGAGAACCUGUCCUUGGUACUGAAGCACACCAUCUACAACGAGCUCUCCAACUCCAGAAACCCCAACAACAUGUCCCUGUUGGCCGUCCUGUUCCAGCACAGUCCCGAGGAGGCUGCAAAGUUCCUUGCUGUGGUGUUCCAAGAGUUGCUGACCAAUAGGGAGGACUACCUUCGCGCCGUGCGAGCACUGCUGAGGGAAAUUAUCCGAGCACUGCGGGGAGACCUGAACUUCGCAGCGUUCUGCCGAAGCCUCAUGCAGGAACGCUCCGAAUCACAGUUCGUGGAGAUGGAAGGUCAUCUCAAGGAGCGACUGCUGUUACAGCUGACUGACCUGAUCUGCCUGGGCUGUCUGCUGAGUGUGACAGCAGCUGUCAAGGAGGCAGCUUCUGCCCUCUCAAGGGGAGAGAAGAAAGAUGUGGAAACCCUGCGCAGGUUCCAGCUGCAGUCGUCCGUCAUACAGAGGGACUCGGUCUGGUGGCUGCACACCAUCGCGCCCGGCAUGUUCAAACUCAACUCCACAGACUACGUGCAAUGCAUCCAGAAGGUGCUGUUUAUGGAGUCUGCGGAGUCUUACUACAGCAAGGACAACUGGCCACCAGAGGGGGAGAGAGCGUACCUGCUGCGACUGGUGUCGGAGGUUCCCGUGCAGGAAGACACGCUGAUGCGGCUGCUAGUGAUUGGUCUGUCCCGCGACCUCCCGCUAAGCGCUGUGGAGGCACUAGAUCUCGCCGACCAGGUGGUACGACGGGCCGCGUCACUCCACUCACCAGACUUUGAUGUGCUGCCAGUGGAGCGGAUACAACUUGUGGAUGCAGUGCUGAACCUGUGUGCCUAUCACCACCCAGAGAACAUACAGCUGCCACAGGGAUAUGAACCCCCCACCCUGGCCAUAUCCAACCUGUACUGGAAGGGUUGGAUGUUACUCCUGACUGUGUCAGCCUUCAACCCUGCAAAUAUAGGUCAUGCUGCCUGGGAACACUACCCCCAGCUGAAGUGCUUCAUGGAGAUGGUCAUGACAAAUGACUAUGACUGGCCACCAGGAACUCUUGCCACUGAAGAGAAGAAGGCAGAACUCAUCAACAAGGAGCUGCAGAUGUGUGAGCUGGAGAAACAGGAGAUUCUGGAGUUCGAGAGUCACCUGGCCGCUGCCUCCACCAAGGUGUCCAUCACCGAGGCCAACAGCCUCCUCAUCUCACAACUCAUCUCCAUGGAUCCUAGGUCAGGCACAUCCCAGUCCAUGCCGUGGCUGGCUGAGUUGGUAGAGAGUUCGGAGGGGUCCAUGGAGGUGCUGCCGGUCCAGUGCCUGUGCGAGUUCCUCCUCCACGACAUCGGGGAGGAGGCUGCGGAGCAGGAGGAUGAGGAACUGCUGGAGAUGGAGAAGAGCAGGAUGGAGAGGCUCAAACAGAAGUCCCGUAAGCAAGACCAGCUUCGCCGCCGGCUGCAGACCCUCCUGUACGGGCCGGACUCCCAGCCCAACCAGACCCAUGAGGUGCUGCAGUACUUCCUUCGGAGGCUGGGAUCUCAGCAGAGUGCUGGCAGGAACCUGGCUGCUAAGGCUCUGUCCAUGCUCCUGGCUCCCAGAACACCCCCGAGACAGCGCUCAUCCACCAAAGACUCAUCCACCAGCGAUGCUCCAGAGCUGGAUAAGGAGAUGGCAGCUGCAGAGGAAGAGGAUACAGUUGCCAUGGUGACGGAGGAGGGGGCGGGGUCCUGUCCUCCAGAAUUGAGGAGUUUUCAUUGGCUGCUGGUGGAGCUCCCCAAACUGCCACAUUUUGAUAUCGUCCUGGCAACAACAGUGUACGCCCUGCGACAGGCCUGUCAGACGGAGACGGACCCCAUGGCUGUAAGCGCCUACAUGCUGUUCCUGUCCCAGCAUGCACCACCUGUAGUGAGUGACAUGGCGGACCUGGCCCUGGACAUGGCCACAGUGAUAGUGGAACGGCCCACCAUCAUCGCCCACCUGAUGCCGCGUGGGGCGACGUCACGGGACGAGACCGACAUCGCCUUCUGUGCUCUGCUCGCCAUCUACAUCCAGUACUUCAAGAUGGUACUGCAGCCACAAGGGGAGCCGGCAUGGUCGGAGUCUCAGGACCAGAUCUUCCUGCGCUGGAGCACGGGGGAGGGCGCCACCAUGCACAUCCUGGUGGUGCACGCCAUGAUCAUCCUCCUGACUUACGGGGAACCCAGAGGAGAGAAUGAGUACAGCUGGCUGCUGGAGGUGUGGUUCCCGAUCGAGGGCCAGCCCCCGGCUGCCUACCUGGUCGACACGUCAGAGGAGGCACUGCUGCUCCCUGAUUGGCUGAAACUCAGGAUGAUCAGGUCACAUGUCCAGAGACUGGUUGAUGCUGCCCUGCUUGACCUUGACCCUGCCCAGCUGGUUCUAUUUGUGCAGUCCUUUGGGAUCCCUAUGGACAGUAUGAGCAAACUGCUGAUUUGCCUUGAUGAGGCCGUGACACACAACCCUCUCGCCAUGCAGCAGGCCGUCGUGGACAAAGCCUACAUGAGCCAGCUUGUGGAGGUGCAGCACAUGCGGGGUGUGUUGGAGGAGAGAAGUUCAAGCUUUUCUGUGGGAGAUGUGGAGAUGGUCUCACCUGUGGAGGAGGAGAGGGGGUUGCCAAGACGACCGCAGCCUUCGUACAGGCCACCAUCUACAGAAGCUGGCUGGAUGCAGGAAAUUGUAAAGCUGUUCCCAGUUGACCCCGGAGCCCAGGUCACUUCCGCCAUGAAGAAGGACAUUGUCAAGGGUAUUCAGCUGGGCCUGUCUAAAGAGAUCUCCUCUGUGACACGAGGAGACGAGCGGAGGGAGAGUCUCGGAGACGUCCUCAUCACUACCAUCCUCCACCUGUGUGGGGGAGACUACUCCAUCCCGUUUACCUCCAGUCUUCAUCAGAACUCACACCUGUCCUGCCCCAUCUUCAGACUACUCAUGGCUCGAGAGAAUGUUCUGCGGAAGAGGAAGCAGUCCUCUGGGUUCCCUGCUCUGGUGUCUCGGCUGGUGAAGUACCACAGUAGCAGAGGUACCCUCACCACGGUACUGAAGCAGUACCACCGACAACUGGCACCCGUGCAGAAGGACAUCAAUAUGCUGUCAGCCCUACAGGCUGUCCUAGAGGCCCCGUACCAGCACCAGCAGAAUUUGGUCCGACAGGCGAUCGCUGCCAUCAAGCACGCAGACCCCACCCAGCCGCUAGACUUCGGCCUGGUGCACAGAGUGUGCGCGCUGCUGUGCAGGUUUAACUCCCCACUCCUGGAAGAGUUCCUGGUUGCCUGUUUGACCCUUGGCCUCAGGCUGCCCCCGGGGGAUGCUGGGAAGGGUGAGGUCAUGACCCAGAGCCACACCCAGCUGCUGGCCAGGAUGCUGAUGGAACAGAGGGGGGUGUCAGCUGCAGGGGGCAGGGUUCCCUCCCCCGUGUCGGGCCUGCUCGUUGAUUGGCUGGAAACCUCGGACACCGAGAUCGUGUCCACCUGCGCGGACCACCAGCUUCACCUGCUGUUCUCGCGUGAUGGCGGCCGCAGCUCCACACAACCCUACCUGCUUGCGCUCCUGACGCACCAGACUAACUACAGCACACUGCACAGGUGUAUCGAGUUCCUUCUACAAGGGGAGGAUAAGGACAGAAUCAGUUCUACGGCUGCACUGGACUUCCUGUGGGCCUGUAUCCACAUUCCGAAAGUGUGGCAGGGUCGGGACACCAAAGUACCACAGAGAUGUCUGGAUAAAGAGAAAAUCCUACAGCUCAGCCCCACCCAGCUGUGCAGCCUGGUCGACUUCAUCCUGCAGGAGGCCGCCCAAACCUGCCACGCGUCCUCGGGUGACCCCACGACCUCGGACGACCCCGGGUCGCUCAGGGAGCGCCUCUCGGACAGCAUCCAGGCCCGGCUGCCGCUGCUGCUCAGCUGUUGCCACGGCAACAAGAAGGAGGUGUCGGCGGAAGUUUUGGGGUAUCUGCAGAAGAAGAUGGCAGGGCAAGACAAAGAUGGGGCACCCCACAUGCACACCCACGACUCCGUGUCCAGAGGUCAUCUACAAGGAAGGAUGGAGGCUACCAAAGGGGGUCAUAGUCAGCUGGAUAGCUUUACCCACCGGCUGUUGUCUGUUCUGGGAAACUGUGAGGCAGGGAAGGUGUGUGAGGAUCGUAUGUACGACACCAACAUUCUCUGUAGGAAGCUGGCCACGGUGCAUCCAGCUCUCAUGCUCAGACAACUCCCCAUGAUCGCAGCCCUCCUGCGGGGUCGGGUGCACCUGAACUUUGACGAGUUCGUCCACAGACAUCACUUCCUCUUCUUCACCCACGUCUUGGGUCUUCUGGAGCUGCUGGUGCCACACGUCUUCCGCAAGGAGCACCCCCUGGAAGACGUCUUGGAAUCCUACUUCGACCUUCUUAAGGAGCACUACUCAAGCCGGAGAGAGCUCGGUGCUCUGGUGAACAAGAUCAUCCAGUUCCUCCAUCAGUUCACCUCAAACGACCCCCAGCGAGCGGUGGCCCUCCUACAGAAACACUCAGCAACAUUACAUCACGUCUCCAAGCAGUACCCGGACCUGUCCCUACUGAAGUCCCUCCUGGCCGGCAUCUCUCUCCCCUCCUCUUCAUCCGACUCUGUGGAUGAAACUUCCUCAUCCUCAUCUAAGGAGGGAGGGCUGCCGGAAACCGGAAGAGCCUCUCCCAUUCCAUUGGUUGUUCCACCUGCCUCCGGCACCCCCUGGACGGCUGUGCAACUGGCUCCGCACUUGAAGAGGAUCAAGAAAGGGCAGGAUCAUGAUGAUGUGCUGAAGGUUCUUCACGACCUUGAACAGACCUCCAAGAGGAGAGUGGAUGUGUUGGAACACUUUCUGGCUGACUUAAAGCGACUGAUGUCAGACAGUCACGACGACUGUAGAAAUAUCGCCCACAACCUGGUCAUGAGACACAUCAAGAGCAAACCGAGUUGUGCUGCAGAGUUCCUGGAUGCCUUCCUCCACUGCCUGGACACAAACGACCACAACAUCAUCAAGACCACCCUCAGGAACCUAGCAGACUACAUCGUGCUGUGCCAAGAACAUUCCAAUGUCCUUGUCCGGAAGGCGUUUUCUGUCGGAGUUCAGCUGAAGAUAGACACCUCCAACAUCAUCGCUGAUGCCCUGAACAUGCUCAGACUAGAGGGAUACAAUGAUUAGAAAA